GUGAAAAUGUCCUAGGUACAACGCUGAGUGCCGUCACAGCACGCAGCACCCUUACCACGCCUGAAUCUCCCCGGCAUCAUCAAAUCACACCCCGAGCCCCCGUCCAAACUUCCUCCCCAGAAGAAAAAUUGGACUAAGACACACGCCGCCUCCUCGGCCUCGAUACCACCUCCCCCUUUACCUUUUCCCAAUUCCCACGUUUCUUUUAUCUUUCUCCAAUCUCAAUUCAGACAUUGGUCAACAUAAAAGCCGUCUCAGGCCUCAAUUCUCCUCGGACUAUCUCACCUUCUUGCCUUCCUCCCUCCUCUCCAUUCACUUGGCUGAUCCCGUCGACUACUUUAUUUUCCGGCUUCCUCCUACCUUCCUUCUCCAACAUGUCUCCCCACAACGACGCACCAUCACCUGCGGGGAGCUUUACUCACGGCUUCAACAUAGCAUUCCGCCCAACCGCCAGUUCCGGACUACGAAACUUUAGUAGCAACAGCAACAGCAUCUACUCCGAGUCUCCGCUGAACGACUCCCUCUCGUCGUCCUUCUCGAGCAACUCAUUGGACGUCGACGACCAUAUGGCCCGCCCAUUGGUACCUGGGGUGUACGUCCCGACUGUCUGUUUCUUCGAUCCAGUAACGGAAGACCUCGAUAAAGAAACGAUUGCCACGCAUGCGAUUCGCCUGGCGCAGGUCGGCGUCACCGGGCUCACCACACAAGGCUCCAAUGGCGAGGCCGUGCACCUCACCCACGCCGAGCGCCAAACUGUCACCGCCACCACCCGUUCGGCACUCAACUCGGCCGGCUUUUCCCACCUGCCUGUCCUCGUGGGAUGCGGCGCCCAAUCCGUCCGAGAAACGAUCAUACACUGUCGAGAGGCAUAUACGGCUGGUGGUGACUACGCAUUGGUCCUCCCGCCUGCAUAUUAUGCACCUCUCUUCUCUCCAUCCGCUGCGAGCGUCAUCGAAUUCUUCCACGCAGUCGCAGAUCAGUCGCCAAUUCCCCUCGUGAUCUAUAAUUACCCCGGAGCCGUCUCCGGCAUGGAUCUCUCGUCUGAUGUCAUCAUCCAACUUUCAGCACAUCCGAAUAUUGUAGGUGUGAAAUUGACAUGCGGCAAUACCGGGAAGUUGAACAGAAUUGUGGCGGCCACAAAAUCUGCCAAGCCGCAGUCAUCGAGUACUGCGCCUCCGUUCCUGGUUCUGGGUGGUAGUGCAGAUUUCGCAUUGCAGAGUCUAAUCGGUGGCGGCCACGGUAUCUUGGCUGGGCUGGCAAACAUCGCACCAAAGUCCUGCUUGGAGAUCCUCCGUCUGUACCGUGAAGGCAAGAUUUCCGAGGCGCAGAAGAUCCAGGAGGUGGUUGCGAGGGGCGAUUGGACAGCUAUUCAGGGUGGCAUUGUGAGCACCAAGGCCGGCAUGGAGAGCUGGUUGGGCUAUGGGGGAUAUGGCCGCAGCCCGCUGCCACGCCCAACCGACGACCAGAGCGCGAGAUGGAAGGAGGGUUUCAGGGAGCUCUACGCGCUGGAGAAGAGCUUGUAAGCUUGUAGAUGGACCUGGGCCGAAAAAUAUUAAUACGACCGACGGCAAUCUGGACGGGGGCGGGCAACUGUCAUACGCACAAAGGUUAUUUGACGGCCGUUUUACUUUGGUGGCGUUUGGGUCUAGCCCGUGGUGCGAAGUGACCAGGUGUCUGCAGCAUGACUGGUGAUGCGAGUCCGAAGAUACCAAACCCCACGUCUCUUUACGUUGCGUUGCGUCUGUUGCGUGGAAUAUCUGUAAUACCGCUGCCCUGAUUUUUCUGCUUUUUUCCUUUGCUUUCGGCAAUACUUCUCCCUCAAAAUACGCUGCACACGCACACGAAAAGCCACUCGGACAAAGUCAAAAGUCUUAAUCGAUUAAAAGAUUAGAACCAUUAGAUAAGAAAUCAAAAAGCUUCACAGCUGCAUACACUUACUCUACCAUUUUCAAUUCCUUCCACAUACAC